AUGCAGAGUACCUCCAGAACUGGGGGCAGUCUAAGGGGUGCUGGACAACCUGGUGGACAAGGUGGAGCUGGCACCAGAGAAGUGACCGGGGAAGUAAGAAGUGGCCACCUACACUGGGAGCCCCCUUGCCAGCCACCCACGCCUGAAGGCAUGCCCAUCACUGCAGUUCUGCCCCCCCGCCUUGAUGGCCCCUGGAUCUCCACUGGCUGUGAGGUGCGACCAGGCCCAGAGUUCCUCACCCGCUCCUACACCUUCUAUCCCAACCGCCUCUUCCGGGCCUACCAGUUCUACUAUGGAGAUGCCUCCUGCCAGCAGCCAACCCACUCUCUGCUCAUCAAGGGCAAAGUCCGCCUGCGCAGGGCCUCCUGGGUCACUCGGGGUGCCACCGAGGCCGACUACCACCUGCACAAGGUGGGCAUCGCCUUCCACAGCCACCGUGCCCUGCUCGAUGUCAUCAGGCACCUCAAUCAGACCCAAGCCAUCCAGGAUUGCAUGGGGAGGCUGCCCCCAGCCCAGGCCUGGCUGCCAGGGGCACUGUAUGAGCUGCUGAGCACCCGGACCCAGGGGGACUGCAUGGUAGCACUGGGCUUCAGCAUGCAUGAGCUCAGCCUGGUCCGUGUGCAACGCAGCCUGCAACCACAGCCCCGGGCUGCACCCCAGCUUGUGGAGGAACUGUACCUGGGGGACGUCCACACCACCUGGGCGGAGAGGCAUUACUACAGGCCCACCGGCUACCAGCGCCCACUGCAGAGUGCCCUGCACCACGCGCGGCCCUGCCCGGCCUGCCAGCUCAUCGCGCGCGCUGACGAGCGCCACCCGCCCGUGCUGCCCGCCCCGGUGGCCCUGCCACUGCGCCUGGGCGGCCGCUGGGCCAGCGCGGGCUGCGAGGCGCGCCCGGCUGUGCUCUUCCUCACGCGGCUCUUCACCUUCCACGGCGCUGGCCGCUCCUGGGAAGGGUACUACCGCCACUUCUCGGACCCCGCCUGCCGCCGGCCCACCUUCACCGUCUUCGCCGCCGGCCGCUACUCCAGGGGCACGCCGUCUGCCAGGGUCCACGGCGCCACCGAGCUGGUGUUCGAGGUCACGCGAGCCCAUGUGACUCCCAUGGACCAGGUCACCGCGGCCAUGCUCAACCUCUCCGAGCCGAGCAGCUGCGGGGGCCCCGGGGCCUGGUCUGUGGGUGCCGAGCGGGACGUCACGGUCACCAACGGCUGCCUGCCGCUGGGCAUCAGGCUCCCCCACGUGGAGUACGAGCUUUUCAAGAUGGAGCAAGACCCCCGCGGGCAGAGCCUGCUCUUCAUCGGACAGAGGCCCACCGACGGGUCAAGUCCAGACACCCCAGAGAAGCGCCCCACUUCCUACCAGGCACCCCUGGUGCUCUGCACGGGGCAUGCUGGAGCCGCCCCCAGGUCCCUGCAGCCCCGUGGAGGGGGGCCGUGUCCUCCUGACAUCCCUCUCGCCCUGCUGCUCCUACUCCCGGAGCUGGCCUUCCUCCAGUGGCCAUGA